AUGCGCUCAAUCCAACUUCUGAUCAUCGCGCUGGUUGCGUUCCUCGCCUGUUGUAGUGCAACACCAGCACCGCCACAAGUAUCCCUCUCGUUCCUUCCAGUCCAGAGACGGUCACUGCGCACUGACACAACUCUUGACAGUGAAGACAACAACGAAGACUCGGGGGAGAGAAGCGUCUGGAAACAUGUCAAAGUGAGGUGGUGGUUAGAGACCGAAAAGUCUGACGACUUUGUCCGGAAGGCGCUCAAACUAAACGGACUUGACGAUACAGCUAUGAAGGCCCACAAGAACUACAAAUAUUAUGCCUAUUUUGCCAAAAAGGCUGAAGACUAUCUUUUCAACAAGUGGCUACGGAAUCAUGUACCCACAUUUGAAGCCUGGAAGAGUCUCAACCUGGGCAAAAUCACCAAGGCUGACCAGCUGAAGGAGAUAGCAAACACUAAGAACUUCAUUAGCUACAGUCGCUUCGUGAAGCAGUAUGACGACAACGUAGUUUCGACGCUGAACGCCGGGUAUAACCCCCCUGUUGUGGCGGUUGCUAGGGGUGCCUCAGAAGCUGAGAUAACAGCGCGAACGAUGAUCAUGGCUAGUGCACGUAGGGACGACGAUGUCGCCAAAGUGUUGUUGGGCUUGACUAAACCGGGCUAUCCGCGGCGAGUGCUAGACGGCAAUGCGCUCACGCAGCAUGAUGAGUACAAGUACUAUCAGCUUUUUAAAGAAGCGAAAACAUCGUAA